GAGGCGAGGCACUGAUGGACGCUGGCUCCUCCUACCCGGACUGGGGUGAGCUCAGCCAGGGAGGCUGCCCGAAGCCGCAGCGUUAUAGCACUGGGGGCUGGACCAAUUCUUGCAGCAGACUCUAAGGAGACACAGAGAGGCGGCAGGGAACUUCCCAGGGCACCCUGGCGGGUGACAUCCAGGCAGAGCCGACGAACUUGAGCGCCGCCCGUUUCCCUCUCUCGCGUUCCGGGACCAUGCAGUCUCCGAAAAAGGGCCUGAUCUGUAACCUGAACCACGUCCACCUGCAGCAUGUCUCCUUGGGUCUCCACCUGUCGCGCCACCCGGAGCUCCAAGAGGAUGCCAACACGUUGGUGCCCCCGAGAGACCGGAUGGGUUGCCAGGAUUGCCGCAGUCACGGCGGCAACACCCGCGAGCUGGUAGACGCCAACUCCAACAACCCGUCCCUGCCCUGCCGCUGCUGCGACGGCCACACGCUGCAUUCGGAUCUCAAGCGAGGCCUCCAGGGUCAGCCUCUCUCGCCCAACUGCCUGGCUCUGAAACGCGAGGAAGAGGAGGAGGAUGAAGAAGAAGAAGAGGAAGAAGAGGAGGCAGGUUCCCCGUCGGAGCUGGGCUCCUCAUCUGUUAGCAGCUCCUCGGAUAUCAGCCUGGACGAGAGCCCGGUUUCUGUGUACUGCAGAGAAUUUCCUGCCGAGGAGCCGAAGAGUCCCGAGAACCAGCCCAACAUUGUCCCCUUGGAAGAUGCUCGUGGCAUCCUCCCCCUGGCUGACCGCAAAGACGAAAGCUUGAAUCUCAAUGUCCAGAUCGGUGAGCCUCGCCCGUCCCGUGUCUGGGACAGUCCCGACAGCUUGUGCAGCGGUAGCUCGCUGGAGUCCACGCCUGACAUGUCUUCUCCGUGUGGGGAAAGCCCGGUCAAGUCGCCCCUCGCUGAUUCUUGCAGGGCUCCCCUGCCUGUACCGCCCCCGACCCGACCCUUCAGGGCUCCCCCUGCCGUGCCAGCCCCCAAAAUCAGCCCGGAGCUGGAUUCAAACUGUAAUGCCCUCCCGGGCCGGGAAGCAGACCCCGGAAAGCUCUUCUCGGACCUAGUGGAUGUCAACUCGAACCAGGCUGCUCCGGCGAGGCCUCGUGUUUCGAGCUGCCCUCCGCCGGUGCCCCCCAGAACGAAGAGGGGGCUUCAGGGGUUGAGGCGAGGCGAAGCAGGGAAGCCUGUGAUGGCCCUGGCAGACCUGCCGCCCUGCCACGGCGACCCGCAGGACAGCAGGAAGAACAUCACUUCCUUCCACGAGUUGGCGCAGAAAAGGAAGAAGGCCGCAACAUUGGUGGGGCCCCCACCUCAGACGAGGAAGGACCAGAGCGACUGGCUGAUUGUCUUCUCCCCUGACACCGAGCUGCCGCCGUCAAAUGAGCUGACGUGUGGCGUGGCCCCUUGCCGGGAGACUCCCGGGCCCCCGACUCCACCCUCAGAGCCGCCAGCCAACCCCGCCGGCCAAAGAGGGGUGACCACUUUCAAGGAAUUGCGCUGCCGGAAGCAGAAGGCCCAGGCACCCGUGAAGACGGGCACCCAAACCCCAUGGCAAGUGGAUGCCGGGAAGGGGGUCCCCGAUGGGAGCGCUCCGCUAGAGGUUGUCGUGGAGCCACCACCAAACGGGCCCUUCAGGCCCCCGAAGGAAAUCCCGCCCCGGAGGAGGAAAUCCCGCCCCGGACUGCAGCCCAUUGUGGAGGGAGGCUUUGAAGAAGGAGAGGACGGAAGGAUGGAGGUGAAGGGGUCUGAUCGAAGCUCUGACGGCCCAUCCAAUGGGAGGAGGGACCCCUGGAUGCCAGGGAAGGAGGAGAGAGGAGAGAGGAGUUUUGUGGAGGUUCUGGCCCCCUUGCCCUCGCUCUGGCCUGCAGCUGACACUCUCCUUGCCCGUUCUUCCAGGCCUCAGAAUCUGCCCUACCCACCUCUCCUGGUCCAUUUCUCUGUGGUGGACGGCCCGGCAUCCCUAAACCCCUCACUCUGCCCCGGCUUAGAGAAUGUGGAGCUGACCUCCCCUGCCCCUCCUGCCCCGGCCUUCUGCCCCAGGCUCAAGACCUUGUCCUGCGAGGAGGUCUGCCUCCUGGCCGGGCGGCAGGGGCAGGUCUUGGGCACUCUCUCGCCCGAGGAGCUGCUCCCUAUCCGCCUCUCCCCCAUCGGGGCCUACUCCCCGCCUGCCAGGAGUGUCCUGCCUUUCCUGGAGAGCCCUGACCUGGCUGUGCUGUUCUCACCCCUCUUCCCCCGCAGCCGCACCUUCCCCGCCUUAGCUUUCCCACCCCGCCAGGUGCCCGAGCGGCCGUUUGGAGCCCGCCGCGCCCCCCUUGACAGCCAGGCUGGAGCAGGGCUCAGGAGAGUGCCCUGGGGCAGUAUGGAAGCCAAAGAGCCGGGAGAUCCCAAGCAACUCAGACAUUCCCAGUCCUUUGGCGGGGUCCCAAAUACCAGCCAUCUGUGGGGGGCCGAUGGUGAUCGAAUCGUUGCCCAACUUCGAGAACAAAAGAAAGCUUUGCUUGUGGCAGUCAGUGCCUCCGUGGACAAGAUCGUCGCCCAUUUCAGCACGGCACGGAACCUCGUCCAGAAGACCCAGCUGGGCGACAGCCGCCUCAGCCCAGACAUCGGCUAUGUGGUCCUGACCACUCUGUGCCCUGCCCUGCGAGCGCUGGUGGGAGACGGCCUGAAACCCUUUCAGAAAGAUGUCAUCACGGGCCAGAGACCAAGUUCCCCGUGGAGCGUUGUGGAAGCCUCAGCCAAGCCAGGCCCCCACGCUCGGUCGCUGAAUGCCUUGUACUGGCGGGUAUCACGCUUGGCUCCACUUCGCAGCAACCAGCAGCGCUUCCACGCUUUCAUCCUGGGCCUCUUGAACAUGAAGCAGUUGGAACAGUGGUUUGCCAACCUGCAGCGGAACUCAGAGCUGAUCUCGGCGCUGUACUUGCCCACCGCCUUCCUGGUACUCAGCCAAGGCUUCUGCCGCCGCUGGGCCGACGAGCUCCUCCUGCUGCUCCAACCACUCUCCAUGCUGACCUUCCAGCUGGACCUCCUCUUUGAGCACCAGCACCUGCCCCUCGACGUCAGGCCGCCACCCCGGCGUCCCACCCCACCGACCGAGCUGCUUGCCGGUUCCCAGAAGGCUCGCGGGGGAAGCAGAGUUGCUUUGCCCAAACGCCUGCUUCCUAUCGCCGGCCUGGCGGAAGGGCCCGUGGCCCAAUCCAGCCCGCUCCACGAGCCCCAGGCCGGGCCGCCUUUGCACCAGAGACUCCUGCGGUGGGGCGACCGGCUGAGCCACACCUUCCGAGGCGUCGAGGGAGCCCCAGAGGCGGAGGCGGGUGCUGAAGGGAGCUGCCAGGAGAGCGGAGAGAAGCAGCAGAGCUGGUGGGAGCAGCUGAGCCGGGCCUCAGGGGUCUAUGGCAACCCCCCGAAGCAGGAGGGCUUCGCUCACACCCACUGGACCAAGCUGAGGGCGGCUCUGGGAGAAGCUGUGGAGGCGGCCCGCAGCGGGGCUGGAGAAGCUAGCGUGAGCCCCGACGUGCUCCCUCAAGCGCCCAGCCCCAGAGGAAGCAGCUCACUGGAGAGCCCAAGGGAGGCAACCCCUGCCUGCGAGGAAGGCAGCUCACCCGUAGGGGAAGCUGCGGAGAAGCCAGAGGCGACCUGCUUGCCUGACGCCCAGGAGGCAGCCGAAAAGCUUGAGGGCGCUGGAACUGCAAAGGGAAACUGGCUAGGGUGGCUCUUCGGAGCAGCCGCUCCAGGAUGCGCCAACGAGGCCGAUUCUCACCUGUCGAAAUCCAGCAGGCGCCCAUCGAGCUGGUUGCCGCCCACCAUGAACAUCCUGGCUCUGGUGAUGAAGGGGGCACCGGCCGAGAAGAGCUGGCCAGAGGAAUCAUGGGAAGACGUCCCACCAAGCCCACAACAGCCAUACAGGGCCGUUCACGCUCUCUGCGACCACGCCGGGGGCAGGGACGACCACCUCAGCUUCCGCAAAGGCGACGUCUUGCGGGUCCUGGACACGGUGGACGAAGACUGGAUCCAGUGUUGCCACGGAGACCGCCGAGGCCUAGUCCCCGUCGGCUACACCUCUCUCAUCCUGUGAACUGCGCAGGGAGAUGGCAAGGCUGCGGCUGUCGUGGGGGGGAAGUGGGGCACACCAAAGGAUCACCCCACUCCUGCCUACACACAAACACACUUUAUAAAUGCACCGCUGAAGGAAUUUCAACAAAUUUGACAUGGACACUAAGAAGCUGAGGGUGCCUACCCCC